GUUUGACAUAUUUCAACGUUGGGCCCAAAAUUAUUUCGUGAAAUUGAAAACUAGACCAUGCUCGUAUUAGAGAUAUGUCUACACAUUUGGAAAUAAUUGGGAAUCUUCCCAUAGUAAUUGGAGCAAUUGUCUCGAAACUACCGCAGAUAAUGGCAAUUUACAAUCGGAAAAACUCGAAGGGAAUCAGUCUUUGCAGUGUCACUUUGGAUCUAAUUUCGAAAACGAUUUUUGCCUUUUAUACGAUAGCCCAGGGGUAUCCUUUUGGAGAGUGGGGCGAAUCAUCGAUUUUGGCAAUAGCGACGUUGAUAAUCCACAUGGAGAUUUUUUGGUUUGCGGAUCAGAAGGGAAUUGCUUUAGUGGAGCUAUUCGCUUACACAACGGCGUGUUUUCUUUUGUUAAGUGGACUAAUUCCUUUCACCAUCAUCUGGGUGUUGCAAAGCAUGUGUAUACCACUGCAGCUCGCUGCGAAGCUAACCCAGGCCGUUUCCAUUGCGGAAAAUGGAAACACAGGUAAUAUCUCUGGUGCAUCCGUUUUGAUUAUGUGUGUUUUGACCUUGGUAAAAACGUACAGUGAAUAUACUGCUCGGUGUGAUUACCUCUUGGUAGCCAAUAACGCGACGACUUUUGCCGGAAAUUUAAUAAUCGGCAUGCAGAUCAUUUAUUAUUGGAGUAAAUAA